GCCGGACUUCGGCUCCAAUCCCGAACCCAACCUCCUUGAAAAUGCACUAAAAGCCGCAAACAGAUAAUUAUCAAUAUGUAUGUUGUAUCACUGCCUUGGGGCCCUUGAUAUCCAAGUUUCUUAAUGCAACUCCACAUCAAGUUGAAGCAGAGUUUCUUGGAGUCUUUAAGAAAAGCAAGGCGAGGAAGCUUCCUAGCUAGCUAUUAGAUUCCCGUCAGUGCACGUCGUAGCAAGCAAAUGAACGCAGUGCCACUGGGUUUUAUAUAUACAUUUCACAAUAGAACAGCAGCACCUGAACUUCUGAUCUCAACUCUUAACACAUUCCACCAGUCAAAUAAGCAAUGAAUUACCACCAUGUUUCUCACGAGUCUCACCUUCCAGCUUCAGGGCAUCCAAUUUCAUAUACUAGUCCGCCGCAAGGCUUUCUACCACCACCACCGGGAUAUCAAGGCUACUUCUACGAAGGGUACCCUCCAUCUCAACCCGGCCUAGCCCCUAAUUCCCACCCCUAUCAUCAUGAGCAUUAUAACGAUCAUGACUCCGGCUGCUCUUCAAUUCUAAGAGGCUGUUUAGCUGCACUUUGUUGCUUCUGUGUGUUGGAGGAGUGCUGCUUCUAAGGCCCUUUCGAUGUUUCUGAACAUAUAUACAGAAAUGGCAUGUGUUGAUUCUACUUUAGUAUAUAUAAAAGGUGGGAAGAGAUAACUCUGCUCUUGAUUUGUUAUUCUAGUGCCUUGCAAACUCUCAUCAGUGAAAUUUGAUAAUUACUUGAUCUAUUUCUUACGUUUAGACAUUUGAGAAACAAGGUUGUCGUCUCUGUUAUAUAUCAAUGAUCGAAAACUUAAUGAUUCAUGAA